GUCUGAAAUUCUUACAACCUACUAAACGGUAACAACUCUCGUCGUCGUCUUCGUCUUCGUCUUCGUCAUUUCGGUCAUUUUCUCAUUGCAUUUAUUGUUAGGCAUCCGCAUCUACAACUUCAUAAGUGAUUAUUCAUAGGCAACAAUUCAACUCCAUUUUACAUAUUAAGGCCUCUCUUUUUAUGCUAGGACUUUGAUUUAUCUCUCCCCCCCCCCCCCCGAUCGAAGCUUCGAAUACAAUCAACCCAAUUUUUAAGAAGGAUUCAGAAACAACCAUUAGCUAGCAAGGCGCAACUGCCAAUAUGGCGCAGAACAAUAUACAUAACUUAGUUACUCUAAUCAAACGAUUAGAAGCUGCUACUACCCGUCUAGAGGACAUUGCUUCGUCGACGAUAGAGCUUCCUCAAGCUGUCCCCGCCCUUACCGCCACCGUCGCAACACCCUCUGGCCCCUCUAGCGUGGCAAGCCCUCCACCAUCACACUCUUCUACCUCUAACACAAAGCAGGCCGCCCCAGAGCCUUUGCCCGAAUCGAUCGAGGAAUUCGAUGCCUUCAUCGACCAAUCCGUUGAUAAAUAUGUCAAGGCAAGCAAUAAAUUGGGCGGCUUAAUCGCCGAGCAAGCUUCGAAAGUGCUCGAAGGUUUCAAGCAACAGCGUCGGUUCCUGUUGAUAGCUACGAAGGCCAAGAAGCCCGAUAUAACAGGUUCCGAGAUGGUUGUUUACCAAGAGCUCCUAAAACCCAUCAAUGAAGCGCUUAUGGCCGCCGGCAGCAUCAAGGAAUCCAACCGCGGCUCCCCGGUCUUUUCUCAGCUGAGCGCAGUAGCUGAGGGUAUUAUGGUGCUUGCUUGGGUCACGGUAGAUAACAAGCCAUACAGACAUGUUGAAGAGUCUCUAGGAUCGGCACAAUUCUUCGGAAACCGAGUGCUAAAGGAUAACAAGGACAAGGACCCAGACCAAGUCGAAUGGAUCCAAUCCUUCUACCAAGUAUUCCGCGACCUCGCCGACUACGUUAAGCAAUACUUCCCCAGCGGCAUUCCCUGGAACGCGAAUGGACAACCCGCUGCCGAGGUCGCAAAGAGCCUAUCAUCCGCCCCGGCCCCCAGCGCCGCUGCUCCCCUACCACCACCUCCACCAGCUGCGGGCGGCGCUCCGCCUCCGCCACCUCCCGGCCCGCCGCCGGUUCUCCAGAUCAAGGAGCAGCAAGACGCUCCCUCUAAGCCAGAGGGUAUGGGCGCAGUUUUCAGCGAGUUAAACAAGGGCGAGGGUGUGACCAAGGGCUUACGGAAGGUCGACAAGUCGGAAAUGACACACAAGAACCCGUCGUUGAGAGCCGGAUCUACCGUCUCCGACUCUUCGGCUAGGGGGAAGAGUCCCGCGCCCGGCAAGAAGCCGAAGCCCGAAAGCAUGCGCAUCAAGAAGCCGCCGAAGAAGGAGCUUGAUGGCAACAAGUGGACAAUUGAAAACUUCGAGAAACACCCCGAACCAAUCGAGAUUGAAGCCGAAAUGUCGCACUCUAUCCUAAUCAGUCGUUGCAACCAAACGACCAUAAUCGUCAAGGGCAAAGGCAACGCCGUCACAGUCGAAAACACCCAACGUCUAAACCUCGUCAUCGACUCCCUCGUUUCCACCGUCGACGUAGUCAAGUCGGCCAACUUCGCGCUCCAGGUCAUGGGUACCCUCCCCACCAUCCUCCUCGACCAGCUCGACGGCGCGCAAGUCUACCUCUCUAAAGAAAGCACCUCGACCCGAGUCUUCUCAAGUAAAUCUGCCGGUAUCAACGUCAAUGUCCUAGCCGAUGGUGAAGAUGGCGAUUAUAAGGAGAUCCCGCUACCUAGCCAGAUCUGCUCGUACUUUGAUGAGGAGAAGGGCGAUAUGGUUAAUGAGAUCGUGGAUCACGCUGGUUAAAUCUGGUCUAAUAUGCUUUGACACGGGGAAGAAUAGGACUAUAUGCCUACCAGUGGAUGUAUAUCAAUCGAUGAAAUGUUGGCGACCGUCGGCGUUGGAUUCCGCGAUGAUGUGUAAAAUCAAAGAUGAGGGGCGAGACAUCGUUCCACCUAGAGGGUGAACGAGUAAGCAAGCAUAGGUAGCAUAAAGACCUAGGAUACCCAGGUGUACCCGCGCCGUCUUAGGGUAAACUAAAUUCUAAAGGUGUUGUAUUGCUUAGAUAGCAUUCAUAAAAAUUCAUCGAAGCAUCUACAAAUCCAUUUGCAUGGAUGGGUUUAUCGUGAGGCACUUAUCAAGUCAUAAUGCAAUGGAUGAUGUAAAC